AUGGGGAAGCUCGUGGUGCUGACCCUGCUGGGGGCCAGCCUGGCCUUGAUCGGGGAGCGCUUACUGGCAUUUAGAGAAAGAAUUAAUGCAACUCGAGAAUUGGAACCUGUAGAACUCCAGAACUGCUAUCUCAUAGAAGGACUUGAAAAUGGCUCUGAAGAUAUUGAUAUACUUCCUAGUGGGCUGGCUUUUAUCUCCAAUGGAUUAAAAUAUCCAGGCAUGCCAGAUUUGGCACCAGAUGCGUCAGGAAAAAUCUACUUGAUGGAUCUGAACGAACAAAACCCAAGGGCACAAGCACUGAAAAUCAGUGAUGGAUUUGACGAAAAAUUUUUUAAUCCACAUGGGAUCAGUACCUUCAUCGACAAAGACCACACGGUGUAUCUCUACGUUGUGAAUCAUCCCCACAUGAAGUCCACUGUGGAGAUAUUCAAAUUUGAAGAACAACAACGUUCUCUCAUACACCUGAAAACCAUAAAGCACGAACUUCUCAAGAGUGUGAAUGAUAUUGUGGUUCUUGGGCCAGAACAAUUCUAUGCCACCAGAGACCACUAUUUCACCAACUUCUUCUUGGCACUUUUGGAGAUGAUCUUGGAUCUGCACUGGACUCAUGUUAUUUUCUACAGCCCCAAAGAGGUCAAAGUGGUAGCCAAAGGAUUUAGUUCUGCCAAUGGAAUCACAGCCUCACUAGACCAUAAGUAUAUCUAUGUAGCUGAUGUAACAGAUAAGAACAUUCACAUACUGGAAAAGCAUGAUAACUGGGAUUUAACUCAACUGAAGGUAAUACAGUUGGGCACCUUGGUGGAUAACUUAACUGUUGAUCCUGACACUGGAGAUAUUUUGGCAGGAUGCCAUCCUAAUGCCAUGAAGUUGCUGAACUAUAACCCUGAGGAUCCCCCAGGGUCAGAAGUACUACGCAUCCAGAAUGUUUUGUCUGAUCAGCCCAGGGUGAGCACCAUCUAUGCCAAUAAUGGCUCUGUGCUUCAAGGGACGUCAGUGGCUUCUGUAUACCAUGGAAAAAUUCUCAUAGGCACAGUGUUUCACAAAGCUCUCUACUGUGUACUCUAAAUUGCAGGUA